AUGAACGAAAAGCCCAUCGCUGUGGGCAAGGAGAAUAACCGAUUGCAGGGAAAUAUUGCGAAUAACAUGGGAAAUGCCGUACAAGGCAAGCAGGGGGGCAUCGAGAAUGACUCCCAGCACCCUGGUCCAGCCACCUCGACUCCGAUAACUGUGCGGGAGGCGAAGGAGUGCAAGGAGGAGCAGAAGGGAGCCCCGAGCGGCAGUGAGAAGACUGACUCCCAGCUCAGGGAGCAAAACACCGAGACUGAGAAAGCCAAGAAGGUCUGGUCCUUGAGCAAUUUUGACAUAGGGCGCCUCCUGGGGCGAGGAAAGUUUGGGAAUGUGUACAUGGCACGCGAGAAGGAAACAAAGUUUGUGGUGGCACUGAAGGUGCUCUUCAAGAAACAAAUCCAGGACUGCAAUGUGGAGCAUCAAGUGCGCCGGGAGAUUGAAAUUCAGUCCCACUUGCGACACAACAACAUCCUGAGGAUGUAUGGCUACUUCCACGAUGACGCUCGCAUCUACCUGAUAUUGGAAUACGCUCCCAAAGGCACCCUGUUUGCCGCUCAGAAGCAACAACCCGACAAUCGCUUUGAAGAGCCCCAGACAGCGGUCUACAUAAAAUCCUUGGCUUCGGCGCUGAUUUAUCUACACGAGAAGAAUGUCAUUCAUCGCGAUAUCAAGCCAGAGAAUCUGCUGUUGGGCUACAAAGGAGAGUUGAAGAUUGCCGACUUCGGAUGGUCGGUGCACGAGAGGAAUUCCAUGCGAACGACUCUGUGCGGCACUCUGGACUACUUGCCGCCAGAGAUGAUACAGGGAAAGCCUCACACGAAGACUGUGGAUCUCUGGAAUCUUGGCGUGCUUUGCUACGAAUUGCUGUCCGGAGAGGCGCCCUUCAUGUCUGAGGGCUACGCCGAAACGUACAAGAAGAUCGCCAAGCUCGACUACAAAGUGCCAUCUUAUGUCUCCAAACCAGCAGCCCAUCUCAUGUCACAGCUGAUCGUUCUCAAUCCGGAUGGAAGACUCCCGCUAGCUCAAGUGAUGACGCAUCCCUGGAUCACCCUUCAUACGACGACAACCUAGAAAUCACUACCCGUAGAUUAGAUUUGUUCAAGAAAUAUACCUUUCGG